AUGGAGAGAAAUGAAGUAAGGGAAGGGCCUAUAGCUAUUGCAAUUGACAGAGAUAAAACAACAAGCUGCCAAGCUCUUAAAUGGGCUGUCGAUCAUUAUAUACCUCGAGGCGGGACUGUAAAACUCGUUCAUGUCAUCCAAAGAUCUGCUUUGAAUAUUUCUAAUGGAUCUCACACAGAUGAUGAAUCAUCUGAAAGACAAAGCAAUGAUAAACGGACGACCGCUCAGUUUCUUCCAUUGCGCUGUCUUUGUAUGCGAAGAAAUAUACAAAGCGAAAUAGUUUUGCUGGAAGAUCAAGAUGUAGCGAAAGCCUUGAUCGAAUAUAUUAGCCAGAAUUGUAUUUCCACAUUCAUUCUAGGUGCCUCGUUGAAGAAGAGCAUUACCAGGCUGUUCAAGGCUGAUGACAUUCCAAGUAAUGUGAUGAGAUGGGCUCCAGACUUCUGCACUGUAUUAGUUUUAUCAAAGGGAAGACUUUCAAGUGUACGGGCAGCCACUCGGCCUUUACCUCAAGUCUUGCCAUCUUCUUCUUCAGGGACUGCACCUUUGUCACCACGCAGCAACGGCGAUGAGGCUCCCUCUGAGAUGUCAUUGUCAAGAGAAGACGACGUUUUCCUUGAAGAGUUUUCAUCCGUUGACUCAGAUUCUAGUGUGAACAUUAGUAACAGGUUCAGUACAGACAGUUCGGUUCUCGCCUUCUAUGAGAAACUUGCAGCUCCACCCAUGUUGGAGAUUCCUAGAUUCUCUGUUCUUGAUGAUGAGAAAGCCAAGUUUUCCAUCUAUCUUAAUAGUCUUUCUGAUGAAAAGAAUUGUACAUUAGCUUCCCCAUUAUCACCAGUCGAUGACGCUACGGCUGAGAUGAGAAGGCUGAAGAAAGAGCUCAAGGAAACGAUGAACAUGUACCACGCCGCUUGCAAAGAAGCUCUUAUGGAAAAAGAAAGAGCAGUAGAGCUUGUGAUGUGGAAAAAGAAAGCAGAACUAAGGAUUCAAAUGGCUGAAGAAACAGCAAGAAUGGCUAUCAUGGAGAUGAAGGCGGUGAAAGGGAAAGGGAGUGAUGACAGAAAGAUGGUAUGGGAUACUCUUGGAGAGUCUCAUACUGUGGUUAAACAUGAGAGCUUGCUCCAUAUUUUAGUUGUGCUUUUCUUGUUUUAUAUUUAUUUCACACUAAGAAAACUCUAUUUCAUGUGAAUAGAGUUGAGUGAUGAAGUCUCUCAUCUGGUCCAAGAGAAGUUGCUCAUUGAUUCUCUUGUAUAGAUUAAUCAUAUUUCCUUUGUUUUCUUCUUCACGAUGUCACUCUUGCAAGCAAAAUCUUGCCUAAAAAAUAUCUCUAUU